AUGGAAUCAAGCACUGCUGCACCUAUUGAAUCAACUACAGAACCUACAACAGUUACAAUCAUGGAAUCAAGCACUGCUGCACCUAUUGAAUCAACUACAGAACCUACAAGAGUUACAACCAUGGAAUCAAGCACUGCUGUACCUGUUGAAUCAACUACAGAACCUACAACAGUUACAUCCAUGGAAUCAAGCACCGCUGCACCUACUGAAUCAAGUACAGAACCUAUGACAGAACAAACUACAGAACAAACCACUGAAUCUACAACAGUUACCACAAUGGGAUCAAGUACUGCUGUACCUGUUGAAUCAACUACAGAACCUAUAACAGUUACAACCAUGGAAUCAAGCACUGCUGUACCUGUUGAAUCAACUACAGAACCUACAACAGUUACAACCAUAGAAUCAAGCACUGCUGCACCUACUGAAUCAACUGCAGAACCUACAACAGUUACAACCAUGGAAUCAAGCACUGCUGCACCUACUGAAUCAAAACCCACAACAGUUAUCACCAUGGAAACAAGUACUGUUGCAACUGUUGAAUCAACUUCAGAAACUAGAACAGAAUCAACUACAGAACCUACAACAGUUACAACCAUGGAAUCAAGCACUGCUGCACCUACUGAAUCAACUACAGAACCUUCGACAGAACAAACAUCUGAAACUACAACAGUUACAACCAUGGAAUCAAGUACUGCUCUACCUGUUGAAUCAACUACAGAAACUACAACAGUUACAACCAUGGAAUCAAGCACUGCUGCACCUAUUGAAUCAACUACAGAACCUACAACAGUUACAAUCAUGGAAUCAAGCACUGCUGCACCUAUUGAAUCAACUACAGAACCUACAAGAGUUACAACCAUGGAAUCAAGCACUGCUGUACCUGUUGAAUCAACUACAGAACCUACAACAGUUACAUCCAUGGAAUCAAGCACCGCUGCACCUACUGAAUCAAGUACAGAACCUAUGACAGAACAAACUACAGAACAAACCACUGAAUCUACAACAGUUACCACAAUGGGAUCAAGUACUGCUGUACCUGUUGAAUCAACUACAGAACCUAUAACAGUUACAACCAUGGAAUCAAGCACUGCUGUACCUGUUGAAUCAACUACAGAACCUACAACAGUUACAACCAUAGAAUCAAGCACUGCUGCACCUACUGAAUCAACUGCAGAACCUACAACAGUUACAACCAUGGAAUCAAGCACUGCUGCACCUACUGAAUCAAAACCUAUAACAGUUACAACCAUGGAAUCAAGCACUGCUGUACCUGUUGAAUCAACUACAGAACCUACAACAGUUACAACCAUGGAAUCAAGCACUGCUGCACCUACUGAAUCAACUGCAGAACCUACAACAGUUACAACCAUGGAAUCAAGCACAGCUGCACCUACUGAAGCAAGUACAGAACCUACGACAGAACCAACCACAGAAACUACAACAAUUACAACAAUGGAAUCAAGUACUGCUGUACCUGUUGAAUCAACAACAGAACCUACAACAGUUACAACCAUGGAAUCAAGUACUGCUGUACCUUUUGAAUCAACUACAGAACGUACAACAGAAUUAACAGCAGAACCAACAACAGUUACAACAAUAGAAUCAAGUACUGCUGUACCGGUUGAAUCAACUACAGAACCCACAACAGUUAUCACCAUGGAAACAAGUACUGUUGCAACUGUUGAAUCAACUUCAGAAACUAGAACAGAAUCAACUACAGAACCUAUGACACUUACGACAAUGGAAUCAAGUACUGCUGUACCUGUUGAAUCAACCACAGAACCUACAACAGUUAUCACCAUGGAAUCAAGCACUGCUGCACCUACUGAAUCAACUGUCUCUACAAGCACAGUGCAACUUAUUAUACAGCAAAUUAGCUUUACCACCAAUGAAGAAUUUUUUUCAGACCUAUUAAACCCAUCUUCACAAGCCUUCAUCUCUAGAGUAGCACGUGUGAAAUCAGAGUUUCAACCAGCAUUUCAGGCAGCAUUUAUCAACUUCUUUGGGCUAACAGUAAAUAGCUUCAGGGCUGGAUCGAUUAUCACAGACAUGAAUUUACAAUUCCUUGAUCGUGGAAGUCUGCCCAAUGCUACUACAGUCAUUAAUACUGUGCUCAAUGCAAAUACUACUUUUAACAUUACAAGUGUUAAUAUGACAGAAACACCUAUAGUUUUGACUACAGCUGAACCAACAACUGUAUCAAUCACUACAGAUACAAUGACCACCACAACUACAACUCCUCCUGCAACCACAACUCAAGUUUUAGCAACCACAACAACUACUACAAAACCAACAACCACAUUUCAGGCUUCAACAUCUAUCUCUACAACAACAACAACAACUACCACUCUAAUAACAACAAUACCAGAAACUACUCCAACAACAACAACUACUACUACUACUCUAAUAACAACAAUACCAGAAACUACAACUACAACAAAAAUGCCAACAACUACCACAACAACUGCAACACUACAAACUACUAGUACAUCAACUACCCCAACAACUUCUACUACUGCAACAACUCCAACAACAACUACUACUAAAACUACUAUAAUAACAACUCCAGUAACUACUACAACAACUCCAACAACAACUACUACUAAAACUACUAUAAUAACAACUCCAGUAACUACUACAACAACUCCAACAACUACUACUACUAAAACUACUAUAAUAACAACUCCAGUAACUACUACAACAACUCCAACAACUACUACUACUACUACUACAACAACUACAACAACUUCAACAACUACUACUACUCCAACAACAACAACAACAACAACAACAGUAGCAACAACAACACCUGCACCAACGCGUCCACCCCCAGCUGUUGCUCUGCAGAUUGUAAUCCAGCAAGUGUAUGUUGUACAGCUGAGUAACCCUCAGAGUGAGGAAUUCCGCGUCCUAGCUGUUACAGUGGCAGCAUCAUUUGACGUGGUCUACAAAGCACGAUAUGGGAUUCUAUUCGUCAGAACUAUUGUGCUGGCCUUCAGACCUGGAACCACUCGUGCACAAAAUGUAGAAGCAGAUGUCCAGUUGAUAUUCAACGAGAACUCCACAACGUCCAUUCCAACCUCUACUGAAGUCGUGAGCACUCUGAAAGAGGCUAUAUCAAAUCCAAACUCAGGUUUCAACUUAACAGUGGACCCCACCUCCAUCACUGUUCUCAGCAUUCCACAGACUGUCGCAGUGGUAUUACUAACAAAUGGCACUUUUGUAACGGCUCUCUCAGACUCCUCCUCAGCUUUAUUCACAAACAGGUCGUCAAUGAUCAAAACGGGACUGGAGCCCUUUUUCACAGCUGACUACCCUUCAGCAUUCAGCAGCUUGACACUGUCAAAUUUCAGUGAUGGAGGUCUCAGCUCUACUGGUGUAACAAUGAUCCAGAACUCCAUGGAUUUGUCUUUUGGAGCCUCUGCUACACUGCCCAACACCACCCAGAUUGUACAAACUAUAAUCAGAGCGGCUAAAAAUAACAGCCUCCCUUUCCAGAUCUUCACCUCAAAAAUCAUAGUGAAUGGCACUGUAAUAUCAUCAAGUGAAGUCAGCAGCAAGGUCAGCAUGUUCACAGCAACCUUCAUGGUAUUCCUGUCACUAUUCUUCACAUGGUCCAGCUGA